AUGCGCGGCAUAUUUUCGAGCUUCGAGGGGCACCGGAACCCCCCAGAAACGACGACCGACGAGUCCAAAAUGACGAAUGGUGACCAAAUUAUCUCUGUCCCGGCUGACGAGGUUCUUCCGGUCACAAAGGUUCCUGCGUUGGAUACGAUCGAUCAGUACGCCGUGGAAAGGGUAGCCGGCGAAGCUGCGAACAGUCCAGCGAUUGAGCUGUCUUGCGAUGCCGGCUCUCAGGAUGUCGCGAAAGGAAUCAUGCAAGCUUACGCUCGUUUUGUCUCUCAUUUUACCGGCCUGGAAGAUGUCGCGUUUGCGAUUUCCCGCGACUCGAGUUAUGUGUCGACAGAGUCGCGGCGCGCUGUCGUUUGUGCCUCGGUAUUUGCGGAUUCGGAAGCAGGCAAGACCUGCAACUUGCGUGAGGCCAGCUAUGCUCGUCUGAACAAGGACGAAGUCCAGUUCGCUUUGGAACUGCGAAAUGCUGAGCCUGAGAAUGGUGACCAGCAUGCUGGAUCGGAAGAUGUACGUUUUCGCAGUACACCUAAAUUGGGGAUCGUGCUGACAGCUCCAAGUCAUUUACUCUACUUGCGCAGCCAGGCGCAGGGAAUUGCACCUGGCAAUUCAGCUUCGCAUACCCCCAACGACUAA